AUGAUUGACGGCGUCGAGGAAUCCGAUGCACCAUUAUCUCCAAAAAGCCCGUUUGCCAGGAGGAACGGCAGGAGCCUUCGCAUCCAACGUCUUGUUGAUUGUCAGCACUUCCACUACACAACAGUCGAGCUGGGACCUGUCAAAGUUGUCAUAAUAGCAAUAAACACCGAUGAGAAUGCAACGGAGCGGAUAAAAAUGCGUGUUGAGAGUGAAUCAAAUUCAUGGCUUGUCGAACGUUCUCGAGAGGAUUGGGCGGUCUUCGACAGACAGCUGCAUCGUUGUGUAUUCGAACGAAGGCACUCGCGUCUUGACGAGCUGUUUCCUCUUAUCCAUCUGGAAUCGGCGAAAUUCGAGGAAGUGCUUGUCAAGUAUACGGAACGAUUAUCCGAGCUCACUGGCAGUAUUAUAACGUGCUACCCGGUUCUGAAAUUUUUGGAGAUUGACAGUCGAGGCGGCCAUUUCGAGCCAGCUGAGGAGACUUCCAUCAACGUUCCAGCAAUUGCGGCAGCUGUUGUGACCAAGGAUUUCGAACCGACGGACAACUCACAGCUGCGAUUGAGGGUCGGUGAUAUCGUUUCUAUUACGGAAAUGUCAACAGCGAGUCCAAACGAGCAAACAUUUUGGAAAGCGAAACUGACGAUAUCCAACCAGAAGAUUGUCGAUCCACAGAAUGGACAUCUAGGAUUUGAGAUUGGUUAUUUCCCACGCGACUGCGUGAUGCUAAUCGAUGACAAACGUUUGCCAAACCCUUUGAACACGGAACCAAAGCCAGCACCUCGAAAUGCCAGAAGAUACAUGACGACAAUGUUCCGAAAUCGAAGACGGGAGCCGAUUUUUGGGUUGGAGCUCACUGAGCUAUUCAUGAGGACAGGAAAAAGGGUUCCGGUGAUUGUGGAACGGUGCUGUGCCGCUAUUGAGGAUCAAGGAAUCGUUACGGGUAUUUAUAGACAAUGCGGAAUUCAGUCAAAUAUUCAGAGACUCAGGGCAAAAUUCGACAGUGGCGCCGAGCCAGAUCUCCACGAGUUCGGACAACGAGAUAUCUAUUCAGUGUCAUCGCUAUUAAAGCAAUACUUCCGUCAACUUCCAAACCCAUUGUUCACUUAUCAAGCAUAUCCAGCACUAAUCGAGACAUUUGAAAAGGAGGAGAGUGUUGAGGAAAAGGUUGAAUCCUUGAGAUUCCUGUUGGAAGCAAUGCCAGAACAUUUGUCGAGACUAUGCAAAUCGAAGUCUUUGACUGACAUGACUUCGAAAAAUUUGGCAAUUGUAUGGUCUCCUAAUUUGUUUAGACCGCCACCAACCCUCAAUGGGGCUGAUGCUCAUCUUCUUAGUGGUCUCAAUGUGCACACUGCGAUUUGUGAUUUCUGUAUUGAGAACUCGGAUUCUCUAUUCAUUUGUGAUAUUGAUGAGGAACAAAGCAAGUGCACUUCUAUCGAAAAUAGCUUCACCACAAUCUCCAAAUCAGCGACAAUGUCUGACAUGAGAUCAGAGUCCGAUUCGAGAUGGCCACGAUUCUUCAGAGGGAAAUCUGUGGAAGGUUUCUGGAAAUUCAACAGAAAGCAACAAACUUCUACUGGUGAGCUGUGCGGAUCGCCACCUUCGGAGGUCAAGUGGAGGAGCAGGAGCACAAGAUCCCAUUCGACAGAUGCCACAUUCCAAUCGUCUCGGGCAGAUUCGUUCAUGCAGUUGAUGCAUACUGGCAUGGAUCAGAUUCGCGAGGGAAUGCGGAUUUUUAGAGCUCGUGCCAGGAGCAUGCGACCGACGUCACGGCCGCCACCAUCGCCUAGAACUCGUAGAGCCAGAUUUUCCAAUGGAGGUGGAGCGAAUAAUGUGCAGAGAGUCAAUGAGAGGGAGAGGGAUAUCCAAAUUGAACUUCCAUUGGCCACUGCCGAAUCUUCAAUCACACCGGAACCACGUAGCACAAUGGACUCGAACAACAUCAUGACCCGCACAGUCAGCGUGAACGAUUCUGACGACGCGAGUUUUGAGGAGAACGGUCUCAAAGAGAUUCGAGAGCGGAAAGUGAUGUUUAAGGCGGCGACGCAAGAACACGUUGCCCCAAUCCAUGAAAGAUCAAGCCCUGUCGAAGAGUGGUCUAGUGAUUCCCGAGAGAGUCUUCACCUUGAGAUGUCCCGUUAUGAUAAUGUGUCCCCAAGCGGUACUAUCACUAGAAGUCAACGCGAGCCCAUUAGCAAUCUAUCGCCAGCCGCACAAUUGCUCUUUUUCGAAUCGUCUCGAGCCAGUCAACUCUUUUCUGCCUAA